GCCUGCUGGGCUGAGGCUCGGGGGCUGCUGUUAAGAUGGCGGCGGCGGGAGGCGACUGGGCCUGGCACUGACCCCGCGCCCGGAGCAGGCCCUCAGUUAGUCUGGUGGAAGUGGAUCAGAGCGACCGCGAAAACUGGAAGGUGUUUCCCUUGGCCAGCUGGGGCGAAGCGUGGGUGCCGGAUUAGUGAUUCGGAUAGCAGACCGGACAGAGCAUGGACUGGCUGUGAUUCCAGGAUCAGAACGUGAAAAAGAAUAAAAAAUGAAAGUGGACCGAACUAAACUGAAGAAAACCCCCACGGAGGCUCCUGCCGACUGCAGGGCCUUGAUUGACAAGCUCAAAGUUUGCAAUGAUGAGCAGCUGCUGCUGGAACUGCAACAGAUCAAGACAUGGAACAUUGGGAAGUGCGAGCUGUACCACUGGGUGGAUCUCCUGGACCGCUUUGAUGGCAUCCUGGCCGACGCUGGGCAGACGGUGGAGAACAUGCUGUGGAUGCUGGUGUGCGACCGGCCAGAGCGGGAGCAGCUCAAGGCCCUGCUGCUGGCCGUGCUCAACUUCACUGCCCUGCUCAUAGAAUACAGCUUCUCCCGGCAUCUCUACAGCUCCAUCGAGCACCUGACCACGUUGCUGGCCUCCUCGGACAUGCAGGUGGUGCUGGCCGUGCUGAACCUGCUCUACGUCUUCAGCAAACGCUCCAACUACAUCACGCGCCUGGGCUCGGACAAGCGGGCGCCCCUGCUGUCCCGGCUGCAGCACCUGGCAGAGAGCUGGGGCGGCAAGGAAAACGGCUUUGGACUGGCCAGCUGUUGUAGAGACUUGCACAUGGUGAAAUACCCACCCAGUGCCACCACGCUGCACUUUGAGUUCUAUGCAGAUCUGGGCACCGAGGUCAAAGUGGAUAAAAGGACAACCAGCAACACGCUGCAUUACAUCCACAUAGAACAGCUGGACAAGAUUUCAGAAAGUCCCUCCGAGAUCAUGGAAUCCCUCACCAAGAUGUACAACAUCCCCAAGGACAAGCAGAUGCUGCUCUUCACACACAUCCGCCUGGCGCAUGGCUUCUCCAACCACAGAAAGCGGCUGCAGGCUGUCCAGGCCCGGCUGCAUGCCAUUUCCAUACUAGUGUACUCCAACGCCCUGCAGGAGUCAGCCAGCAGCAUCCUGUACAACGGGCUGAUAGAGGAGCUGGUGGACGUGCUGCAGAUAACGGACAAACAGCUCAUGGACAUCAAGGCAGCCUCCUUGAGAACCCUCACCUCCAUUGUGCACUUGGAGCGGACCCCGAAACUCAGCAGCAUCAUUGACUGCACGGGAACUGCCUCCUACCAUGGCUUCCUGCCGGUCCUGGUGCGCAACUGCAUCCAGGCCAUGAUCGACCCGACCAUGGAGCCGUACCCUCACCAGUUUGCCACGGCCCUCUUCUCCUUCCUCUACCACCUGGCCAGCUACGACGCGGGCGGGGAAGCGCUGGUCUCCUGCGGCAUGAUGGAGGCCUUACUGAAGGUGAUCAAGUUCCUGGGGGAUGAACAGGACCAGAUCACCUUCGUGACCCGGGCGGUCCGCGUGGUGGAUCUCAUCACCAACCUGGACAUGGCGGCCUUCCAGUCCCACAGCGGCCUCUCCAUCUUCAUCUACCGGCUAGAGCACGAGGUAGACCUGUGCCGCCGGGAGUGCCCCUUCGUCAUAAAGCCAAAGAUCCAGAGGCCGCCCACCGCCCCCCUCCAGGAAGGGGAGGAGAUGGAGACGGACAUGGAAGGCGUGCAGUGUAUCCCGCAGCGAGCCGCCCUGCUCAAAUCCAUGCUCAACUUCCUAAAGAAAGCCAUCCAGGACCCCGCCUUCUCGGAUGGCAUUCGCCACGUGAUGGAUGGCUCCUUGCCUACCUCUCUGAAGCACGUCAUCAGCAACGCGGAGUACUACGGCCCGUCUCUCUUCCUGCUCGCCACCGAAGUGGUGACAGUCUUCGUGUUCCAGGAGCCCUCCCUGCUCUCCUCGCUGCAGGACAACGGGCUGACAGACGUCAUGCUACACGCCCUCCUCAUCAAAGACGUCCCAGCCACGCGGGAAGUCCUGGGCUCUCUCCCCAACGUGUUUAGCGCCCUGUGUCUGAAUGCCCGCGGCCUCCAGUCCUUCGUGCAGUGCCAGCCCUUCGAGCGGCUGUUCAAGGUGCUGCUGUCGCCGGAUUACCUGCCCGCCAUGCGGCGCCGGCGCAGCUCCGACCCGCUGGGGGACACGGCCUCUAACCUGGGCAGCGCCGUGGACGAGCUGAUGAGGCACCAGCCCACACUCAAGACGGACGCCACCACCGCCAUCAUCAAGCUGCUGGAGGAGAUCUGCAACCUGGGCCGGGACCCCAAGUACAUCUGCCAGAAGCCCUCCAUCCAGAAAGCCGACGGCACAGCCACGGCCCCGCCACCACGCUCCAGCCACGCGGCCGAGGAGGCCUCCAGCGAAGACGAGGAGGAGGAGGAGGUGCAGGCCAUGCAGAGCUUCAGUGCCACCCAGCAGAGCGAGGCGGAGCCCAGCCAGCAGGUGGUUGGAACGGAGGAGCGAAUCCCCAUCCCCCUCAUGGACUAUAUCCUCAACGUGAUGAAAUUUGUGGAGUCCAUCCUCAGCAAUAACACCACGGACGACCACUGUCAGGAGUUCGUCAGCCAGAAGGGGCUGCUGCCCCUGGUCACCAUCCUGGGCCUGCCCAACCUGCCCAUUGACUUCCCCACUUCGGCCGCCUGCCAGGCUGUGGCGGGCGUCUGCAAAUCCAUCUUGACGCUCUCCCACGAGCCCAAGGUGCUGCAGGAGGGGCUGCUGCAGCUCGACUCGAUCCUCUCUUCCCUAGAGCCCCUGCACCGGCCCAUUGAGGCGCCGGGCGGCUCCGUGCUGCUGCGGGAGCUGGCCUGCGCAGGCAACGUAGCCGACGCCACCCUUUCGGCCCAGGCCACGCCGCUGCUCCACGCGCUGACAGCCGCCCACGCCUACAUCAUGAUGUUCGUCCACACCUGCCGGGUGGGCCAGAGCGAGAUCCGGGCCAUCUCGGUGAACCAGUGGGGCUCCCACCUGGGCCUGAGCGUUCUCAGCAAGCUGAGUCAGCUGUACUGCUCCCUGGUGUGGGAGAGCACUGUCCUGCUGUCCCUCUGCACUCCCAACAGCUUGCCGACAGGCUGUGAGUUCGGCCAGGCCGACAUGCAGAAGCUGGUGCCUAAGGAGGAGAAGGCGGCACCCAACGCCCCCCAGGGAGCCAAGAAAGCAGAAGGUGAAGCGGAGGCAGUCUCAGGGGGGAGUGUGGAGCCUCCGGCCCAGGGUCUACUGGAGGGGAUCGGCCUGGACGGAGACACGCUGGCCCCCAUGGAGACGGACGAGCCCAGCACUGCCGACGCCAAGGGCAAGGCCAAGAUCACGCCAGCCAUGGCGGCCAGGAUCAAGCAGAUCAAACCCCUCCUGUCGGCCUCGUCCCGGCUGGGCCGUGCUCUGGCCGAGCUGUUUGGGCUGCUGGUGAAGCUGUGCGUGGGCUCCCCCGUGCGCCAGAGACGGAGCCACCACGCUGCCAGCACCACCACCGCCCCCACGCCGGCCGCCCGGUCCACUGCCUCGGCCCUCACCAAGCUGCUGACCAAGGGGCUCUCCUGGCAGCCCCCGCCCUACACCCCCACGCCGCGCUUCCGGCUGACGUUCUUCAUCUGCUCCGUGGGGUUCACGUCGCCCAUGCUGUUCGACGAGCGCAAGUACCCCUACCACCUCAUGCUGCAGAAAUUCCUCUGCUCCGGUGGCCACAACGCCCUCUUCGAGACCUUCAACUGGGCCCUCUCCAUGGGGGGCAAGGUCCCCGUGGCCGAGGGGCUGGAGCACCCGGACCUGCCGGAUGGGACGGGGGAGUUCCUGGACGCCUGGCUCAUGCUGGUGGAGAAGAUGGUGAACCCCAGCACGGUGCUGGAGUCGCCCCACGCUCUGCCCGCCAAGCUGCCGGGUGGGCAGAACUACCCGCAGUUCAGCGCCCUGCGCUUCCUGGUGGUCACCCAGAAGGCGGCCUUCACCUGCAUCAAGAACCUGUGGAACCGCAAGCCCCUGAAGGUGUACGGGGGGCGCAUGGCAGAGUCCAUGCUGGCCAUCCUGUGCCACAUCCUGCGGGGCGAGCCCCUGAUCCGCGAGCGCCUGGGCAAGGAGAAGGAGGGGGCGCGUGGGGAGGAGGAGGCAGGGCAGGAGGAGGGCGGAGCCCGGCGGGAGCCCCAGGUCAACCAGCAGCAGCUGCAGCAGCUGAUGGACAUGGGUUUCACGCGGGAACACGCCAUGGAGGCCCUGCUGAACACCAGCACCAUGGAGCAGGCCACCGAAUACCUCCUGACCCACCCGCCGCCGCUCAUGGGUGGGGUCGUACGGGACCUGAGCAUGUCGGAGGAGGACCAGAUGAUGCGAGCCAUCGCCAUGUCACUGGGCCAGGAUAUCCCCAUGGAGCAGCGGGCCGAGUCCCCGGAGGAGGCAGCCUGCCGGAAGGAGGAAGAGGACCGCAAGGCGCGGGAGAAGCAGGAGGAGGAGGAGGCCAAGUGCCUGGAGAAGUUCGAGGACGCGCAGCCGCUGGACCCGGCCGAGCUGCACGGCUUCACGGACGCCAUGUUGCCCGGCUGCUCCCAGCUGCUGGACGAGCUGCCGGACACCGUGUACCGCAUCUGCGACCUCAUCAUGACGGCCAUCAAGCGCAACGGCGCCCCCUACCGCGACACCAUCCUCAAGCAAGUGGUCAAGCAGGUGUGGGAAGCGGCCGACGUGCUCAUCAAGGCAGCCCUGCCCCUCACCACCAGCGACACCAAGACGGUCUCGGAGUGGAUCAGCCAGAUGGCCACACUGCCCCAGGCUGCCAACCUGGCCACCCGCAUCCUGCUGCUCACCCUGCUCUUCGAGGAGCUGAAGCUGCCGUGUGCCCGUGUGGUGGAGUCGAGCGGUGUCCUUGACGUGCUGAUCAAACUGCUGGAGGUGGUGCAGCCCUGCCUGCAGGCCGCCAAGGAGCAGAAGGAGGUGCAGACCCCCAAGUGGAUCACGCCAGUGCUGCUGCUCAUUGACUUCUACGAGAAGACGGCCAUCUCGUCCAAGAGACGAGCCCAGAUGAACAAGGUACCGGCCUUGCGAGGCCUCGUCAGCCUGUCCAGGGGGAUCUGUGCCCCCGUCACCUCCCGCUCCGCUCGGCCGCCGGGCAAGGAGAGUCCCCAGUUGGAAAGGCCGAGGGAUCGAGGGGGAUCCGGGUGGCAAGGGGAGAGCAGGUCAGGGGAGCUGGGGAUCCGGAGGUAG